AUGGCUGACACCAGAAAGGCCACCGACGGCCCCUCUGUCACCACUGCGUCGGCCUAUGAUUACACGCAACUGCCAGAUUGGGACGAUGACUUCUACGACGAGGACGGCAUACUCGCCUUCGCGGAGGCUCUUACAGCUCCGGAGAAUGUCACCGUCUCGCCUUCCGAGGAAGACCUCCUCAACCCGGCCUCAAAGCAGCCUCACGCCGAACGAAUAACUGCCCUGAACGACUGGAGGCCCGUCAGACAACGCCGGAUACCUAAGGUGGGUCCAGCCUCGAGUAGUAAAAGGAGCAAGACAAAGAAAACGUCACGCCGAGGCAGAGACGAGACGAGAGAAGGCUGGACCUAUUCAGUCGUGAAGUAUCCAUUGUUAUUCUUCGUCUGCGGCUGGAUAGUGUUCCUGGGCAUCUGCUAUCUCUUGACGAGGUUCUACAUCUAUCUCUAUGAGCAGUACGUUACAUGGAGAGGCACAAGAGACAGGCUGCGGAAGAAUUUGCGCAUCCAGGAUAGCUAUGAGGACUGGGUCAAAGCAGCUAAGAGUCUAGACCAACAUCUGGGCAACGAUAAGUGGAAGAUCGACGAUGAGGGCUCAUAUUACGACUGGAAAACCUUGCGAACAAUUGUGCGGCAGCUGAGAAGGUUACGUGCAGAAGCGGAAGAGGAUGAGAAGGAUCCCGGCCGCCGGAACGGUCGUGACGGCAACCGCUCAAUAGACGACCUACGAGCGACACUCGAGACUUGCGUCAAAAACAAUUUUGCUGGCAUCGAGAACCCUCGGCUCUAUUGCGAGACUUACUAUGGCACGAAAAACUUACUCCAGACGUACGUUGACGAGACUACUGAAUCGUUGAAGUUCUUGUUCUCAAGUGCUCAACUCACUCAGACGGAUAAACGUACUUUAUCAAAGCACCUCUCAGCCAAUUUUGGACGGACAGCGUUGUGUCUCAGUGGCGGCGCCACUUUUGCUUACUACCACAUAGGCAUCGUCAAGGCCCUUUUGGACGCUGGUUUGAUCCCCAACAUAAUCACAGGAACUUCCGGAGGAGCUCUCGUGGCCGCUUUGCUUGCGACCAGAACCGACGAGGAGCUGAAGAAACUCCUCGUGCCCGCCCUGGCAUAUCGCAUAACCGCCUGUCAUGAUCCCUUUCGCGUGUGGUUCUGGCGCUGGUGGAAGUACGGGGCACGUUUUGACUCUGUGGACUGGGCGAAACGCUGCGCGUGGUUUUGUCGUGGCAGCUUAACUUUCCGCGAAGCCUACGAACGCACAGGUCGCAUCCUGAAUGUUUCCUGCGUGCCUUCCGAUCCACAUUCGCCAACGAUCCUCGCCAACUAUCUCACUGCGCCUGACUGUGUAAUCUGGUCGGCAGUGCUCGCAUCGGCUGCCGUUCCUGGCAUUCUCAAUCCCGUGGUGCUGAUGCGGAAAACAAGCAGCGGUAAACUCCAGCCUUACAGCUUUGGACACAAGUGGAAGGAUGGCUCAUUGCGAACCGACAUUCCCUUGAAAAGCCUCAACCUGCACUUCAAUGUCAAUUUCAGUAUCGUCUCGCAAGUCAACCCGCACGUGUCAUUGUGGUUCUUUUCUUCGAGAGGGACUGUGGGCAGACCCGUCACACACAGGCGAGGCCGAGGUUGGCGCGGUGGCUUCCUUGGUUCUGCUAUCGAGCAGUUCAUCAAGCUCGAUUUAAACAAAUGGCUGAAAGUUUUGCGUCAUCUCGAGCUCCUUCCUCGGCCUCUGGGGCAGGAUUGGAGUGAAGUGUUCCUACAACGUUUUUCUGGGACGGUGACCAUUUGGCCGAAGACCAAGACUUCGGAUUUCUGGCACAUACUCUCCGAUCCGUCCAUGCAGAGACUAGCAGGAAUGAUCAGAGCUGGUCAAUUGGCUGCGUGGCCCAAGCUCCGGUUCGUGAGCAACCGGCUGGCGAUAGAGAAGGUCAUCGAAGUCGCAAGAGAGGAGACUAGAUCGCCGGAGCAACCACUGCCCACGCCAGUUCCUGAGGCGGGCCGCCGCUUAAGGAGCGUGCUAAGCGAGGAAGAUCUCGAGGGGCUCCUGGAAAAAGCGCGCGGUAACAAUGGCGUUGUCGAAGUACCUCCGCAACUCCUUUCGCCGGCCGUAGAGCGCGAUCAGUACUUCAGCCGCCCUCUUCCACAACGACAAGACUCGCCAUCGUUCACGAAGCGCAUGUCGACCCUCUGGGGUUCGCUGCAGAAUCCUACACCGCGGACGAGCUCGGAAAGCGUUCGGCCGUCGACCAAGGAAUUGAACACGUCCACCACUGCCGAGCAUAGCAGGCGAAGCAGCGUGAUGGACGAAUUGGUGCGGCAGAGUCGGGUCUUCUUCGACGACUUUGCGGACGAGGUAAGUAAGAUGUUGAAAAAUCGACAGUGUCCGAGAACGGUAGCCAAGCAUUGUACAGGUGUAUUGUCCACCUGCCCGUGCUGGAAAGUUCUGGGACGCUGUGGCAAAAAAAAAGCUUGUUGACAUGCUUACUCUCGCCACAGUCCGAGGUCGCCAGUGACCUUGAAAACCAUACGCAUGGGGAGACGACGGACGAGGAAGAAGGUAUGUCAUCCGAGUGGUUCACCCAGAGCGACACAGAGGCAUCUUUGCCCCAUGGCCUGGUCGUGGCAAUGUCUGCAAUUUCCUAAUCCCUUCCUAGGCGCUUCGGAGAUGGAUAUGGUUUCCUAG